AUGUCGAUGACAUCAUCUGAGAUCAGUGCAGCUGAGAGUGAAGGUGGCCCUGAUGGCCUUCAUGGCUCCAGAAGUGACACGUUCUCCAUUGAGUUGGCAGCUUUUAAUAGGCUGCAUGUGUUUGAUCUAGGCACCAUCAGAGUCUAUGAUGAGAUAGAUGAUAGUAAUGAUGGUGAUUACACAGAGCAGUCCAGUCUUAGCAGUGACACAUCUGAAGAUGAAAUAGGGGCGAGUAUGGUCAGCUUUGAAUCGCACUCUGAUGAGGGAGGAUUUCUUGGUAGACUGAAUACACAAAUGCAUUGCGGCAGCAUAUUAUCGCUUUACAGAGGAAGUGAUGAUAGUCUGGAUUUGCUGAGCAUCAGCAGCACGUCCUCUUGUAAAACCCAAAUCAUCUACCGUGCUCCAAUGCACAAUGCACCCCUCAUCCCCCCCUCCAAUUUUGUAGACACUGCAUGGCCUUCAGUUAGACUGGAUGCUCAUAGUGAUAAAGAAGCGUCUUCUAUAGAAUCUACGUCUAUAGGAGUGACGCCUGUAGACUCCGUGGACAACAGCACAGAAAACCAUGUCAGUCUAAGGAAGAAGAUGAAGAACAGGAUCAGUUCAUUUUUCAAGAGGGCAUGGAAGGCUAUAAAGCAUCCUUCCCUCAGUUGCAAGACCAGAAUAGAGCCAGACCCAGAGCCGGCCGAUCCUGAAUCAUCAUGUCCUGCAGGGCCCUCUGGUUUCAAGCCAACUGAUGAAUCUGAAGAGUUUGGUUUUGAAACGGGAGGCUUUAGCACAGGGUAUGAGGAAACCCCUACAUCUAGUGGUGAACAGACAGAAGAUGCUGAUUGCCUAGAUGAGUUCAGCCUUAGCAGCGACACAUCCGAAGAUGACUGUGGGCAGAGUGUGAUCAGUUGUGACCUCUUCUCUGUUCAGAGAAGAAACUUGGUCCAUAGGCUGGGUGAAUGGAGCCCUAACAGCGACCUCUUCAUAUGUGAAGGUGGAAGGGAUGAUAACAUGGAUUUGUUAAGCAUUAGCACUGGCACAUCCUACACUGAGGAACGAAGAAUCGCUUGGCAGAAUGUUCCUGCUAUAGAAGCAUGUGCAUGUUCGGACUGCAGGAACAUGUACUCAACAGGGCCUUCGCAGAGUGACAUAGAGGCUUCUCCUGUAGACACUGUGGAGAACAGCACAGAGAGACAUACCAAUUUAUGGAAGAAGAUGAAGAAUGGGAUCUCUUCAUUCUUCAAGAAAGUACCGAGAGCUAAGUGUCCCUCCUUCUGCUGUUGCUGCUGCGAGACCAGAGUGGAGCCAUUUGUGCCUCAAGCAGAGGACUUAGAGCCAGACCCACAGCCGGCUGAUCCCAAACCAUUCUUUGUUGCAGAGCCCUAUGGUUUUAAGACAAUUGAUGAUUCUCAAGAGUUUUAUUAUAAAAUGGUAAUAUUGAAACCAGGAAGCUUUGGAUUUCUGUGAAGCGAUUUCAACUAAUGGGACCCCUGUGAAGGCAGCAUAAACCUCAAGCCCACCACGUCCGGACCAGAGAGUGCAGAUCUGUCUUCAUCUGCUAGCAUGGCCACAUUAAUAAUGCAUUAAUAUUAAUGUUAUUUUUUAAUAAUAUUAAUAAUAGUAUGUACAUUUUCUGAAGAAGUGGCUGGUGCUUGCCAUUUCAAAACUGGGCACAAUGGUCUUUUUCGCAUGUUUUAGGUAAUUGCUUUUAGCAUGUA